GCGCGGGGGGCGCCCGCCCUCCUGGUGCCGCCAGUGCCUGUGCUGGUGCAGGUGCUGGUGCAGGUGCUGCUACUGGUGCUGGCGGCCGCGCCCGCCGCGGGCAAGGGCUGUGUCUGCACGGACAAAGGCCAGUGCUUCUGCAGUGGGACCAAAGGGGAGAAGGGAGAGAAAGGUCUUCCCGGACCCCCUGGUUCUCCUGGCCUGAAGGGAUUCCCAGGUCCUGAAGGCUCACCUGGACCACAGGGACCCAAGGGCGCUCCAGGAUGUCCAGGACUCACUGGUCCCAAAGGUGCAAGGGGAAUAUCUGGAUUACCAGGAUUUUCAGGUCCUCCUGGACUUCCAGGCAGCCCCGGCUAUCCUGGACCUUACGGUCCUGCUGGCUUACCAGGAUGCAAUGGUUCUAAGGGUGAACAAGGUUUCCCAGGAUUUCCAGGGACACCAGGCUACCCAGGGGUCCCGGGUGCCAUUGGCUUAAAAGGAGAAAAGGGAGCUCCUGCUGCAGGAGAAGAUGUAGAAUAUGAUGGAAAAGGGGAUCCCGGGCUGCCAGGAGCUCCAGGAUUCCAGGGUUUGCCGGGCCUCCCAGGUUUUCCUGGACCUGUGGGCCCACCUGGCCCUCCGGGAUUCUUUGGCUUGCCAGGAACCAUGGGGUCUCCAGGACUUAAGGGUCACAUGGGUGAUAAUGUGAUUGGACAAAAAGGAGAACGGGGUGUGAAAGGAUUAAUAGGACCUCCUGGACCACCAGGAACUGUUAUUGUGACACAGACUGGCCCAGAUAACGUAACGGAACUCAAAGGGGAGAAGGGAGAAAAAGGCGCCAUGGGCCAACCUGGACCUCCUGGACCCAGAGGACCACCAGGAGACUCUUACGGAUCAGAAAAAGGUGCCCCUGGAGAACCUGGCUCACAGGGGAAACCUGGAAAAGACGGGGCCCCUGGGUUCCCUGGCACUAAGGGAGCCAAAGGAAGCAGGGGCUUCCCUGGGUUGAGGGGCGAAGAUGGCAUUAAGGGGUGGAAAGGGGACAUUGGCCCUCCAGGAUUUCGUGGCCCAACAGAAUAUUAUGAUGCAUACGCGGUAAAGGGAGAUGAGGGAACUCCAGGCCCUCCGGGGCCCAAAGGAGCACGUGGCCCACAGGGUCCCAGUGGCCCCCCCGGAGAUCCUGGAAGGCCUGGGUCAUCAAAGCCUGGCCUCAGAGGAGCCCCUGGACCACCAGGCAUGAAAGGAAGUAAAGGGGAGCGAGGACCCCCAGGAAAGGAUGCAGUGGGGCCUCCCGGGGCCCCGGGCUGUCCUGGUUCACCGGGCCCUCCAGGGCUGCCGGGACCUCCAGGACCACCAGGUAACAUCGUAUAUCGCAAAGGUCCCCCUGGACAAGCUGGACCUCCAGGCCACAUGGGGCCUCCAGGAAUCCCAGGUGUCGAUGGGCGCAAAGGGGAGCCAGGCCUCGUGUGCACAGACUGUCCUUGUGUCCCAGGGCCUCCGGGUCUCCCAGGGCUGCCAGGAUUUGAUGGCGUAAAAGGAACCCCAGGAGGACGAGGGGCAGCUGGCAUUAAAGGAAGCCCAGGGUCUCCAGGAAGUGUGGGUCUUCCAGGAUUCCCAGGAUUCCCGGGUGCUCAGGGUGAUCCAGGACUUAAAGGAGAAAAAGGCGAAGCAGCUCAGCCAGAGGGAGAAGCGGGUAGUCCAGGGGACCCGGGGCCCAGGGGGCCGCCUGGCAGAGCGGGCUUGGAUGGAAUUCCUGGAACCCCUGGAGUGAAAGGAUUACCAGGACCUAAAGGCAAACCGGCCCUCCGUGGUGAGAAGGGGGACCCUGGUCCUCCAGGGGAUCCUGGCAUCCCUGGGUCCCCAGGACCCGCAGGACCAGCUGGACCACCAGGCUAUGGACCACAGGGAGAGCCUGGUCCAAAGGGCGCCCAAGGAGUUCCUGGAGCCCCUGGACCACCUGGAGACACCGGCCCUAGGGGAGAAUUCAGUGUUUCAACACCAGUCCCAGGGCUCCCAGGACCACCAGGGCCACCAGGCCAUGCUGGCUCCCGCGGUCCACCUGGCUUCCCGGGACAAACAGGAAAAUGUGAACCAGGUAUUCCUGGGCCUGACGGAGAUCCAGGAAUUCCAGGAAUUGGAUUCCCUGGGCCUCCUGGACCUAAGGGAGACCGAGGUUCUCCGGGAACUAAAGGAUCACCAGGUUGUCCUGGAGAAAUGGGAAAGCCAGGGUUACCUGGAAGUCCAGGCCUCCCAGGAGCCAAGGGAGAACCAGGACUAGCCAUGCCUGGAGAACCAGGAACACCAGGUUUUCCAGGAGAAAGAGGCAAUUCUGGGGAAAAUGGAGCAAUUGGACUCCCUGGACUUCCAGGUCUCCCUGGAAUUCCAGGAACUGGAGGGCUUGAUGGACCACGAGGGGAACCAGGGAAGCCUGGACCACCUGGAGAAAAAGGACUCUCAGGGAGAUGCACAGAGGGUCCCAGGGGACCCCAAGGACUUCCAGGCUUAAAUGGAUUGAAAGGGCAACAAGGCAGAAAAGGUGAAGCAGGACCAAAGGGAGACCCAGGGAUUCCGGGUUUGGAUAGGUCAGGACUGCCUGGAGAACCUGGACCACCAGGAUUGCCAGGUCAUCAAGGCGAGAUGGGACCACCUGGUCCAAAAGGAUAUCCAGGAAACCCAGGAAUUUUAGGGCCACCAGGCGAAAGAGGAACCAUUGGGAUGAUGGGCUACCCUGGCAACAUUGGCCUUCCGGGGCCUCCUGGGACCCCAGGCUCCCCAGGACAGAAGGGUAGCUUUGGAAUCCCAGGAGCAAAGGGUGAGAGAGGACCCCCAGGAGCCAAGGGGGAGAAAGGAGCUAAAGGACUUCCCGGGCCUUCUCAAAUAGCUCACUUAAAGGGGGACAAAGGAGAACCAGGCCUGAAAGGGUUUACAGGACAGCCGGGUGAGAAAGGAAACAGAGGCAUUCCCGGGUUACCAGGUUUAAAAGGACUCAAAGGGCCACCUGGACCUCCAGGACCAUUAGGCCCCAGAGGAGAUCCUGGAAGCAAUGGGAAUCCUGGAGAACCUGGCCCCCGUGGAGUGCCAGGAAGCAUGGGGAACAUGGGGGUGCCAGGGUCCAAAGGAGAGAGAGGAACUUUGGGACUCCCAGGUCACCCUGGAAAAACAGGCUUCCCAGGUAUUCAUGGUUUCCAAGGAGAUAAGGGAGAGCCAGGUUAUUCAGAACGCACAAGGCCAGGACCACCAGGACCCAAGGGAGAACCAGGAUUGCCAGGUGAUGUGGGAAUGAAAGGAGAAAGAGGGCCACCUGGGCCACCUGGACAUUCGGGGCCUGCUGGACCUGACGGCGUCCCUGGACAUCCUGGAAGUCCCGGCCACCCAGGAAAGCCGGGUCCUGAUGGUGACAUGGGGUCAAAAGGAAUGAAAGGCUUCCCUGGAUUUCCAGGAACAAAAGGCCCUCCAGGCCCUCCAGGAUUCCCAGGAAACCCUGGACCAAUGGGUAUGAGAGGAGACCAAGGAUGCGAUGGGAUUCCUGGUCCACCAGGAGAAAAGGGAGAAACAGGUUUGCUGGGGGCACUUCCAGGCCCAAAAGGGAAACCUGGUGUUCAAGGAGCGAAAGGAGACAGAGGAGCCCCAGGCUUGCCCGGCCUUCCCGGCAGGAAAGGGACAGUGGGAGACGUUGGGCCUCAAGGACCCCCGGGCGUGCCAGGAUUCCCAGGGCCACCAGGUUUCCCUGGUGCAAUCAUCCCUGGCCAAAAGGGAAACCGAGGUCCACCAGGCCCAAGAGGAAAUCCAGGUGAGCCUGGUCCCCCUGGACCCCCGGGGAGUCACAUCAAAGGCAUAAAGGGAGACAAGGGACUUAUGGGCGAGCCAGGCCCAAGAGGCCCACCUGGAACCAUAGGAGACACAGGGCCACCGGGUCCUCCCGGAGCCCCCGGUACUCCAGGUCUGCCAGGGCCCAGAGGUGACCCUGGGUUCCAAGGAUUUCCAGGCAUGAAAGGAGAGAAGGGUAAUCCAGGAUUUCCAGGAGAAAUUGGACCUCCAGGGCCACCUGGGCCAAAAGGGCCACAAGGUGCACGUGGAGACCCUGGCACAGUUAAGAUCAUCUCCCUUCCAGGAAGUCCAGGGCCACCGGGCCAAGCUGGAGGACCAGGGAUGCCAGGAGAACCUGGGCCACCAGGGUCACCGGGAAUCCCAGGACCCUGUGGGCCGAGAGGUAAACCAGGCAAGGAUGGAAAGCCUGGAAUUCCUGGACCAACUGGAGAAAAAGGUAGCAAAGGUUCUAAAGGAGAGCAAGGACCACCUGGAUUCGAUGGACGGCCAGGUUUGAAGGGGAUACGUGGUGACAUCGGACCACCUGCAACCAGGACAAUGAUGAGAGGCUUUCUUUUCACCCGCCAUAGUCAGACCACAGCAAUUCCUUCCUGUCCAGAAGGAACAGAGCCACUCUAUAGUGGGUUCUCUCUCCUUUUCAUACAAGGAAAUGAACAAGCUUAUGGACAAGACCUGGGAACUCUUGGAAGCUGCCUACAGCGAUUUACCACAAUGCCAUUCCUAUUCUGUAACAUCAAUGAUGUAUGUAAUUUCGCAUCUCGAAAUGAUUAUUCAUACUGGCUGUCAACACCAGCUCCGAUGCCAAUGGACAUGGCUCCAAUUACCGGCAGGGCCCUGCAGCCUUAUAUUAGCAGAUGCACUGUCUGUGAAGGUCCUGCGAUUGCCAUAGCCAUUCACAGCCAAACCACAGACAUUCCCGCAUGUCCCCAUGACUGGAUUUCUCUCUGGACAGGAUUUUCUUUCAUCAUGUUCACAAGUGCAGGUUCUGAGGGCUCUGGGCAAGCACUGGCAUCCCCGGGAUCCUGCCUGGAAGAAUUCCGAGCCAGUCCAUUCAUAGAAUGUCAUGGAAGAGGAACAUGCAACUACUAUUCAAAUUCCUACAGUUUCUGGUUGGCUUCAUUAAACCCAAAAAGAAUGUUCAGAAAACCUAUUCCAUCAACUGUGAAAGCUGGGGAGUUAGAAAAGAUCAUAAGUCGCUGUCGGGUGUGCAUGAAGAAAAGAUAAUGAAGAAAUCAAUGAAAAUAGAACUGCUAUUUCAUCUUCAAUAAUCAAGUAAUGAUGCAUUUAUUGGUUAUUUAAGUAUUUAAAUGCAUUUAAGGUUUUUUUUUCUCUCUAACCAAACAAUAUUGCUCUAUGAUGGCUUGGUACAAAGUUUCUAUUCGUUUCUCCACACAACAAAGCACUUACUUUAAGUUAGCUCUGUGAUCCUGGUCUCUACGUCUGUGUUUCCAAGUUCCCUAUGGUAAGGCAGCAGAGCUUUCACAAAAUAUCACUGAAAUGGUAUUCCACUUGUGUCCAAUGCACUAUCUAAAUGGUGACUGUAUAAAGUUUGAUGUGCCAAGUGAAGAGCUAUAUUUGGUCCACUAAAUUCCCAAGAUUUGCCCCCUUCUAUUCCAGUCUUUGAGAUUCAGGGAGGCUCUAUCAGUUUCAGAUUGCCCCACCGACUUCCUAAGACUUUUAGAUGCUAAGUAGAGGAGAUGGGGGUGAGUGGAUUAUGAGGCUUCACUGAUGGAACUGGACUUUCGGAUCUGUUAAUGAACCUCAGGCUUGAGGGAACCAGAAUUAAACUGAGGUGCACAGAUUUCCUAGGGCUCUUUCAAAUAUCCUCAACACUAAGGCCAAAACGAGGGUUCCCUGGAGUCGCAAUAGCUGUGAAAACACUGUAUGGUUUUGUUUUGUGUUUUUAAGGUCUUUUUGUUUGUCCAUUGUAGCAAUAUAGCCUGUUUGUGUUCCAAGUAGGUACAAUUUUUAACUUUAGUGACUUAAUUUUAAUAGAAUAUUUUUUACACACAUACUCUAAAAUGUGUCUAAAUUUUGACUUUUACCAGCACAACCACAAAAAUAACAAGAAAACUACUUAGAUUUGUACUUUAUCUCCAUUCUUAUAAAUGUUAGUGCAUAUAAUUGAGUAGUUCAGUAAUCCAUGAAAAAACGUAAGGCAUUAGUUGGAUUAUCAGGCUCAGAAGAUUUUUCCUUUGCUCUAAAUAUUCCAUUUAAUUUGGAUAUUUUGAGAUUCCUUUGUUAUUUCUCUAAUUCUUCUUUGGUAAAAACAUGUUUUUAAAUAUUACAUAUUCUUUCAAACUAUAUUGAGAGAGUCCACUGUGUGAAAAUAUUAAUGUACAAAUUGUCUAGCUUGGCAGCUGUGUCAUAAAACUUGCUUUUCAAUGUGCUGAUACAUUCCCGGGGUAACUUAAUUCAACAAGCAUUUUAUUCAGUGCCAAGCCAUACUCAGGCACUAUGCUAAAUUACAGAAACACUAAUAGGGGGAAAUUAUAUAUAUAUUUGUUUUAUUCCUAAUAUCCCAGAAAAGGUAAUUUUGUUUCUGUUAGGAAUCCUACAUAUCUGAGUUGUUUUUCCCCCUUUUCCUUCUUUACUUCUGUCCUAAUAUUUCAUGAUAAUUCAGCAGACCUCAAAAAAGGUUCAAAAAUAAGAUCUAUGCCCAGGGGGUACCCAGGGCUUCUGGCUUUUCCUAGGCAUCACAGAAGCCAAGGUCUGGACAAUAUAAAGAAAACAAAGAUCUGCAAGACAUUUAAAACCAUUUAUACUUGAUGGUAGCACUAUUUGAUGAGUCUCAGAAGUCAGUCAACCUAAGAAAAAGCCCUGAAUAUGUUUCUUGACCCACCUAGGUGGAGUUGGUGCUGACAUUUAAAUUCUGGUUUUGUUGCUUCAAUCUCAGUUGCUUUGGAAGCGAAGACGUGGCCCCAGAGGACAGCACAGACAGUGACCACGGUCCGCAUCCUCCACUGCUCAAAUGACUGAUGUCAAGCCAUUUUUACACUUAAAUGAAGAAGCACUUUUUAUACUCAGAUUACUAAUUUAGACUCACCUAAUAUUAAGACAUUUUGCUCUAAAAAUAUCUUACUGUCCAAAAUGCACCAUACUGGCAUGGAGGGCUAACGGAUCUCCACAAACCCUCCAUAGACCAGUUCUUGAAGUGUGGUCCCUGGACCAGCAGCAUGUGGAAACUUGUCACAAAUGCAAAUUCUAGGGCCAACCCAGACCUACAGAAUUAGAAACUCAGGGGUAAGUCCCAGAAAUCUGUUUUAACAAGUCUUCCCGGUGAUUUCCAAUGCACCCUAAAGAUUGAAGAAAAAAAAAAACUGUUCUGGGCAAUACCCCCCAAAACAACAAUCGUACAGACAGUUACCAAGUAGAGCUGGCUACAAUUGUUCUACCUGUCCCUCUCUUUCAAGUUCAAAUUCACAAAUGAACUUACGGUUACCUAAUGUUACUAAUAAGAAAAAGCCCUAGAUUGGUGCUAAUGCCAAAUAACUGGCCUCCGCUUGUCCCCCAGCCUCCAUCUUCUCUUGCCCUCUCAUCAGUGUUUAACUUCUGAGGAAGACGAGUAAUGCUAAAUUCCAAUGAAGCCAUACUAAGUUGUUCAAAUAUACUUCUAAGACUGAGCAUUGAAACACAGCUCAUGUGCGUUACUUUCUACAGUAGUAGCUUUAUAAUCUGAGGAGUUUUUAAAGUUAUGAAGAUUUAACUUUGCAGAUAAAAUGUAAAAUAACUUGUUUCUUUUAAAUUUGGGGCUUCACCUUUGGAAUUUCACAGUUUGCUCAGAGGUCUCUCGUUUUGCAAGGUAAAUAUUAUUAAGUAACUUAUUUAUAAAAAGAAUUACAAUAAUACUAAAUUUGAGUUUAUUGCUAAUUUAACUUACAAAGAUUUUUCUAUGCAUCAAAUGCAACUUACUGCUUCAAAACUUAAUUUAAUAUUCACUCUAUAACCAAAUGAAAUAUAUUUAAAAUAUAUUGAAUAUUUUAUAUAU